AUAGGGACCAGCAACCAGCAGCAGCAGCAGUAGCAGUAGCAGCAGCAGUAGCUGUAGCAGACAAACCCAAGUAUUUAUUAAUAGAGAUUAAACCUCCGCGUCGUGUCGUGCCGUGUGCAAGAACUCUCCCGCGCAGGACAAACGCCAUUAGGGCAGUCUGAGUCAGACCCCUGGGUCCAGAAGACGAUUUUCACCGAAAUAACACACGAAACUUGUGCCUAAAGAGAAAGAGAAAUAAAAGAAAUAAAAGAAAUAAAGAAAGAAAGUUUGAGGAAACGCUAGUGUACUGAAAAAGAGAAAGAGAGAGAGAGAAUGAGAAGUGUAAUUUCCUCUCUGUUUAAUAACAACAAAUAAGGGAAUCCCUUUAAGUAAUGCACGUAUGCAUUCAAAGUGAAUUACUUGAAACUUUAAUCGAAUAACAUUUCAUAUUUAUAUUUCAUAAGAAUAAUUGUUUAAUAAAAAGUGUGUUUUUUUUUAUUAAUAUUGCAUAUCUUGUGAUAUCUUAUUUAUAUCAUUGGUGUAAACAAUUUAGUCCUAUGGAUUUAUAAAUAAUAAUAAUAAUAUAUUGUUCUGUGUGUGUGGAAGCUUUUCGUAUAUACAUUUUUAAUUAUAUACUUGUUACUUCCGUAUAAAACUGUGUAUACGUGUUUGUGUUUGUGUGUAUUCUUUUUUUUUGUUAUAUAUAUACAUAUGUUUAAAUACCCGUUUGGGUGUUUGCUAGCUGCGUGUAAAAUCUAUGCGUCAGUUUCCUCGUCGUUGGUGUGUAUUAAUACGUGCAUGUUAGUGCAUUUUUAGUGCUCGUUUAGUGCUCGUUUAGUGCAGGUUUAGUGCAUAAAACAAAGACGACUUACUGCAGUGUGACGGAUACGCCGGUUACACCCACACAUUAAAAAAACGGAUAGAAGAAUUUUGUUUAAUGGACGAGGAAAACGUCGUUUAAAAUCAAAUCGUUCGGUAUUCUCCUAGUCUGGAAAAAAACCCCAUAAAUCGGCUUUUUUUUUUUUACAGAAGUUCGAUAAACGUUCCGUGGAAACAGUUUUCUUUGAGAUUCAUAGUCUGGGGAGGGGAACGGGGGAGGAAUUCUGGAAUUUUUAGAGACCAACGAGAAUAGAAUAACUACUACGAUUUAAUUUAACAUCCUUUUUUUUCUUUCUUUCUUUUUUUUUUCAUUCUAUUCCAUUAAAUAGAAAGGACAGUAGUGUUAAAAACUAAAACAAAAAAAAAGAAAAGUGUAGAAGAAUAUAAAGUGUAAUAAUGUUAAAAGAAUUGUGCUUUUGAACUCGUACAUUUCGUCUUGUGUCGUGAACAAAAUGUAAAAAGUCAAAGAGAAGAACUACAAAAUAAAAAUAUGAUAUAGAGACAAAAGUACCGAAUAUACAUACAUAAAAAAAAAAAAAACGGAUAUAUUUGAAAAUACGCUUUUUGGGGUUGGUGGUGGUACACUUUGAUGUACGUGAAUUUAGCGAGUGGUGGUUUGAAAAAAAAAACAUAAAAGAAAAAGGGAGUAAGUAACUUUAACGAGUAUCUUCUAUGUGUGUUUGUGUGGAUGGGUGUGGGUGGGUGGGUGUGUGUAAUCCGAUGUGAUGUGAUAUUAUAUACACUUUAGUGAGAAGAAAAGUGUCGUGCUGCUAUGCUGUAAAAGCAGCAUUAAAACGAACGAACGAACGAACGAACAACUAAAACCGCAAAGAUUAACAAAUGAUGAUAGUGCUUUUGUUGUGCGUCAUCAUGAAGAUAGCAGAAUUUUCUGCUGGUCGUACGAGUCCAACAUUACAACCAUCCCGACAAAAACAACGACAAAGAAAAAAACCACCACCUUUACAAUUGUUACAACAGCAACAACAACAGCAACAGCAACAGCAACAUGAACAAUCACCAUCUUCCAAGUCUUCUCGUUUACGACAAGAUUGGAAUUAUUAUCGAAUACCAUGCGAUAAAUGCAUGUAUUUUCUUCAAAGACAAUGUGCAGGCAAAGGAGCUGCAGUCAUGGAAGAUCCACAGACACCAGGAUCGGAUUGCAAUUCCAAUCCUGCAACAGAUUCUAUGCAACAGGAUCUUAUCGGUUCUGACUUUAUACAAGACAAUGUGGAAUAUCAAUGGUGUACCGAUUAUGGAUACAGAGACGGAGGAUUACAUGUCCACCCAAGUGUUCUAUCAUCACUCUCUGCAUCAUAUACUCGGGAAGAUGUGGGUUAUUAUGAUGACCUAUCGCGUAAUUUGGAUGCUAAUUUAGCAGAAAUUGAUAUGGAAAGUUUUCGUAGUGCCGACAUCCACACUCUUCUUACCGCAUUACCAGUUAUGUGCACUGAUCCAGUUCAACAUUCAGAGUUUAACUAUCAAAGGGAACGUUAUGCCAGUAUAUCUGGCUCCGUCAUGGAAAAACUUGACAUUGGUUCUUCAAUCAGCCCUCACACCAGCAGCCAGGGAGAAGAAUCUGCCUGUUCAACAACCGAUACAAUGUCUAUAUGUAAAUCAUCGUUACUAUUCUCUCCUGUAAAAGAAACACCUGUGCUACCGCCGGCAGGUAGUUACAGUGUAGAUUCAUUGGACUGUGAAGACAUGCUGUUAACUUGUCAAGCAAAUAAUAAAAAUAAUUAUACUAUUGCUUUCGAAGCCAGUAUUACAAUGUAUUCUGAUAGUUCUCCAGAUUUUGAACAUCAAGAAAAACCAGAAACGUAUGAGGUACCAGAAACUUAUUAUAAAAAAAAGGGCUUACGAAGACAUAUAUUAGAUUCGUCAAUGGUGUGUUCUGAUUCUAAAAUAUACACUACUUGGAGUAAUUUGAAACAUUCUUCCAUGAAUAAAGUUAUUACUCGACAUCCAUCGGGUAAUAACAAUACUAUUCCAAACUUUUUACAUGGAACAGGGAACACAACUAUAUCUAUAAAUAAAAGAAGCCAAAGCCUACCAGAUCUUUCACGAAUUCAAGAAUCACCUGCUAAUAUUCAUUUAAAUUCUUCUGUCGAUUCUGCCGAAUCGAAUAACCAUCCGUUACAAUCACACAAUUCAGGAUCCGCAAUGAGUCGGUCUGUAAAUGAAGAAAAUUCCGAUGGUAGUGGAAAUACUUCUUCUGGAAAAAAGUUACAAAACCUAAGCCUAGUAAAAUUAUUUAUGAAACAAAAAAGUAUGAGCGCCGAAGGAAUGAGUCUUACUUUAGAUCAAUCUGACUCUAUAAGUGAUAAUGGUUGGCCUACAAGUAAUAGUGCUAGUGAUAGUGCAACUACGAAUACAAAUACAAAUACAAAUACAAAUACACAAAUACAGCGACAAAAUAUAAAUAAUACGUGUACUCGUCCGCUUCCUGAAAAAGAUUUUUCUAUAAAUUGGGUUCGUAGCGAUUGUUAUACGAACAAAGAAAUAGAAAGUCAAAAAGAUAAAUUUGCUGACAUUCCAAACAAUUUUCCAAGCAAUAAGGAAAAUAAGGAUGACAUGAUUUCAUCUGCCUCGGUCGAAGAAUUGUCGGAAAGCAUAAUUAAAUCAGAACUUGUACAUGACAGUGAUAUAGAACAAAUAGAUUUUGAAAUUUCACAGGAUGACUUGGAAAGCCGUGCUAAAAAUUUACGAGUUUUACAAGCAGAAAAUAAAUCUACGAUAGUUAAAACAACAGGAAUUCAAGCAAUGGUUGAAACAGAGGAUAACGAAGUUCAAACGUCAAUAAUUUACAAAGUACCUGCAGAAAAAGAUAGCCCUUCUAUACGGGAAACGAUAGUUAAUAAAAGGCCUGUUUAUGUUGUAUAUCCUAAUUAUACAUUACCAGAUCUUUCAUUUCUUAAUAUUAAAGAUACGAAAUUGGACAACGUUGCAUUAAAGCCUCAAUGUUAUGACAAAAGUAAACCGGGUUGGAAACAUUCAAACAGAUGUAGCCGACCAUUCUCUUGUAAUGAUAUUGAUGCACUUAAACAACGUGGUUUUUCACAUGUUAAGGAUUGGGAGUCGUUAACAUUCCUUUUACCUACUGAAUAUAAAAAAAUAUUACACGAUGUGCCAGAAGUUUCAGAGCAUAUCAAUAUCAAUGAACAAACUAAGAAACCAUUGUUUUGUUUGUCUCCUCCGGUGCGACAUAAAACAAGACCGAUAAGUGAACUUAUACCAAAUAAUACUUCUUCAACAAGUAGUACUGCUACACAACCAUCUUCCGGGUAUCGAGGCUCAUCUACAAUUUUAACGGAUUCCUCUACAAACCAGCAACUACUUUCUAAUAAUAUAGCUAAUCCAUUAUACUUAUAUCGCUAUGAUAGCAUUAGUUCUGAAGCUAGUUUAGUGAGCAAUGAUAAAAAAAUGCAUAGGGCUGUUAAUCAAGCAAAACAAGUCUAUCCUAAUUUACCUAAACGGUCCAUUUCAUUACCUUAUGGAGAUAAAGAGGCUGAUUGCUGCAAUGGCAAAGUACCACCAAGACCUCCCUUACCAAGAAGUAUCUUAAGAAAGAAUAGAGUACCAACAAGUAAAAGAUACAGUAUGUUUGAAAUGGGAGGAGUGGAAGAGGUAGAAGAUCAAUGUUCUGAACCAAAUAAAAGAAUGUCGUUACAAGAACCGUAUUAUAUGAAUAAUGAUUUGCAAUUAUUAUGCCGUGGGAGAAUUAUCGAUUCGGAAAAAGACGUUGAUGAAACAGAGGAGAAAUGUAAUACAGGUAAAGAGAGACUGAACGAAGCUAUUAAUAAUACAAAUGUAGAUUAUGAAAUUUCUCAAAAUAGUGAGGAUGAUGUAAAACAAUUAGAAGAAUUUUUAAAACGUAGUGGUUUAUCGUCAGAAAGUAGCGAAGGAGACAAUGAAGAUCCCGAAGUUAAAUUGAGAUCAUACGUGAGAAAAUUUUUAGCACUUAGAAUGAACAAAGAUGUAGUUAAAAAUAUUGAUAUGGCCGAAUCGCAGAAAAAAACCGUUAGCUUUGCUUUACACGAAAGAAAACGAUAUUCAAAUGAAAAGCCAAAUAAUAUAAGCGUUACGACGAACGAGCACAAUAAAGAUAAAUGCUUUCAAGAUACAAAUAAAGAAAUAAAUCCUGAGAACAAAAUGGAUUUAGAAGAAAAAAGAAAUAUGAUAUUAUCCGUAAGCAAAUCUGUUGAUUUAUUACUUAUAUAUUGGAAUGCUGAACCUACCAAUGGCCGACAAAAUUACAACGAUAAAAAUGAAUGUGCACAACUUUGUUUAAGUAAUCUGUGCCCAGCUUUGUAUACUAUCAUGUCGGAUGGUUUAAAACCACAUUUACAAUCUACUUUUGGUCCGCUAGCGAACAGCGUAUGGCAAGUUGUUGAAGCUUCUGCUCAGCAAGGACCACUUACAAAAACAUUGAAUGAAUUAGUUCAAAAGAUUAAUGGCGAGGAUAUUAUUACCGAAGGAAUGCUUAAAUUUCACGCAUUUGUAUUUGGUCUAUUGAAUUUGCGAGCUUUGGAUGCAUGGUUUGCAUAUUUAUGUACAAGAGAAUCGAUUUUACGAAAACAUUAUAACAGUAAUAGUUUAUUUACCGGAGCAUUAGGAAAUACUGACAUUCGAGAAGUUGUUGAUAGUUUAUUAGAUAUUUUACAUCCUUUAGCAUUUUGCCCAUUUCAGCUUGAUCUUUUAUACCAAUAUCGACAAUUGCAUAAUAGUUUCGGUAAUAUGAACAAUUACAGUUUAAAUGGAACAAAUUUUAGGAAUAUUGAUAUGCAUCAAAAGGAUCAUCAUUUUGAAAAAACGGAUAAUUGUGGAACUGUAUCAAGUCCAAGAAAAAUACGUCCACGGUCUUGCGUUGUUUAUAAUGAUUAUGACGAUAAAUCUGGAAUAACACAUAAAACUGAUCACGAAAGUGUUGUUAAAAAACGUUUCAACAAUGCUAUCGGAACAAAAGUAUUGCAUGGUUUAGAAAAAUUAGCAUCGGAAGAUUCCGAAGAUUAUACCGAUAGCCUUGAACAUUCUCCAUUGAAUAGAGGUGCAGCAAAACAAACGAUUCCUAUUAAAGUAUUAACUCCAGAUUCUAAAAUAGAUGAUGAAGAUACGAUUACAGGAGAAGCUAAGUUUAGGAAAUUACAAGAAAAAUGGGAAUUGAUGGUUGGUAAAGAAGAGACUGUAAAAAAUCAAGGUGCACCGACAACGUUACCACCCUUGUCACCUAUGCGAACACCUGCGAAUUUGGGAAAAUCAAAAAUACCACGACUUUUAACGUCGCCAAUUAAACAGCCAAAUGUAACAUUAGGAUCUGCAAAAAGUGUCAAGUCUCCUAUCACUGGAAUACCUUCUUUGAAAAAACCGGUUGCAUUGUCAACUACCAAAACAGUAUUAAUGAAACCAAUAGAAACAAGGGGGAAAGGUAUACCAGAAACACGACGUACCAGUCGUGUUGAUCAAGACGUAGUUGGAACAUCGCGGACUCAUUUGUCACGACCUAGCUCUUUACCUUAUAAAUCUUAUGGAGUUAUGUCGAAAGAGAAGAAUCUCGUAUCUCCUCAAAGGCGAGCUGCUUCCACUUCUCUACCAAGGCCAAAUACAGCAACACGAAAUAAUAUUUCGAGGAAACAACCGUUAAAAUUAGUAAAAUAACGCUUCGUCCAUCUCGAUUCCAGAGACGUUCGCACACUUACAAAUAGAGCACCAUCGAAUAAUGGGCAUCUCUCAUUUGCAGAAGGUGAAAGAUUGAAAGUUAUAUUAGAAAUUGAUAAUAAAUGGUUAUUAUGUGAAAGAGGUGAUAGAAAAGGUUUGGUUCCAAGAAUGUGUGUGCAUACUAUUCAGACUUAGCCCGUCUGUUGAUAUUAAUGAGAGAUUCUUAAGUAAGUUGAUUAAGAAGUGAAAGUGAUGUGCUUCGCUUUGAAGGAAUGCAAGAAAGAAAGAAAGAAAGAAAGAAAGAAAAAAGAGAUAAAUUAAACGGUUUCGUAUGUACAGUGUAAUUAAAGAAA